UGACUAGAGGCAAGCGAGGAUCCUGCCCGGGCUCUAGUUGUCCGCGGCUCCUCCUCCAGUCGUUGCCGUUGCGAUUCCUGGGACUCAGGUGAACUGUGAAUUUGAUGAGCAUUUUCUCCUUGUAAAUGAAAUUUAAGCGGACACAGUUGAAGAGAUGGAGUGUCUGGUGUAAGGCUGAGUUCUUUGAAGUGUGGAAGAGAAUUUAUUGUUUUUGAAGGAGUAACACAGUUACUUUUGAAUGACCCAGUGAGAAAAAUGGACCACGCAUCUCCAACCUACAUGCUUGCUAACUUAACCCACUUACAUUCUGAACAACUCCUACAGGGUCUGAAUCUUCUUCGUCAGCAUCACGAACUCUGUGACAUCAUUCUUCGAGUAGGUGAUGUUAAAAUCCAUGCUCACAAAGUGGUACUUGCCAGCAUCAGCCCAUAUUUCAAAGCUAUGUUCACUGGAAACCUUUCUGAAAAAGAGAACAGUGAGGUUGAGUUUCAGUGCAUUGAUGAAACUGCUCUCCAGGCCAUUGUGGAAUAUGCCUACACAGGAACUAUUUUUAUCUCGCAGGACACAGUUGAAUCUCUCCUUCCAGCAGCAAACCUACUCCAGAUAAAACUUGUCCUGAAAGAAUGUUGUGCAUUUCUUGAAAGCCAACUUGAUCCUGGUAACUGUAUUGGAAUUUCUCGUUUUGCAGAGACGUAUGGUUGUCAUGACCUUUAUUUAGCAGCCACUAAAUACAUAUGCCAGAAUUUUGAAGCUGUUUGCCAGACUGAAGAGUUUUUUGAGCUUACACAUGCUGAUUUAGAUGAAAUUGUUUCCAAUGACUGUUUGAAUGUAGCUACCGAAGAGACUGUUUUUUAUGCACUUGAAUCUUGGAUCAAUUACGAUGUACAAGAACGCCAGAAAUACUUAGCACAGCUACUUAACAGUGUGCGAUUACCAUUGCUAAGUGUUAAGUUUCUCACUAGGUUAUAUGAAGCAAAUCAUCUUAUUCGUGAUGAUCGCACUUGUAAACAUCUUUUGAAUGAAGCCCUAAAGUACCACUUUAUGCCUGAACAUAGACUCUCUCAUCAGACAGUCUUGAUGACAAGACCUCGCUGUGCUCCCAAAGUGCUUUGUGCAGUAGGAGGAAAAUCUGGACUGUUUGCCUGUUUGGAUAGUGUGGAGAUGUACUUUCCUCAGAAUGACUCUUGGAUUGGUUUGGCACCCCUAAACAUUCCUCGCCAUGAAUUUGGAAUAUGCGUUUUAGACCAAAAAGUGUAUGUUAUAGGUGGUAUUGAAACUGACGUGCGUCCUGAUUUCACUAUCAGAAACCAUGAAAAUUCAGUAGAAUGCUGGAAUCCUGAUACAAAUACCUGGGCUUCUCUCGAGAGAAUGAAUGAGCACCGAAGUACCCUUGGAGUAGUAGUACUUGCCGGAGAACUUUAUGCUUUAGGUGGUUAUGAUGGACAUUCUUAUUUACAAUCUGUAGAAAAGUAUAUUCCCAAAUUAAGAAAAUGGGAACCUGUGGCACCAAUGACUACAACACGAAGUUGUUUUGCUGCAGCUGUGCUGGAUGGAAUGAUAUAUGCCAUUGGUGGGUAUGGUCCUGCCCACAUGAACAGUGUGGAGCGUUAUGAUCCAAGUAAGGACUCCUGGGAGAUGGUUGCAUCUAUGGCAGAUAAAAGGAUUCACUUUGGUGUGGGUGUCAUGCUGGGCUUUAUUUUUGUGGUAGGUGGACAUAAUGGUGUCUCACAUUUGUCAAGCAUUGAAAGAUAUGACCCUCAUCAAAAUCAGUGGACUGUGUGUAGACCAAUGAAAGAACCCAGAACAGGAGUUGGUGCUGCAGUAAUUGAUAACUACCUUUAUGUAGUUGGUGGUCACUCAGGAUCUUCCUAUCUGAACACUGUGCAGAAAUAUGACCCUAUCUCAGAUACAUGGCUGGAUUCAGCUGGCAUGAUAUACUGUCGCUGCAAUUUUGGAUUAACUGCACUUUGACAAGUGUGGACUCAUGGAAAUAGUGAGGUGAUGAACCUCGUGCCGCAUGAAAGGAUGCCCAAUUAUCUGAAACCCCAAAGCCACAUUGCUUUCUUUUCAACUUGAAAUGGCAUGAAGACUCAACGUUUGUUGGGUACUUUGACCUGACAAGUAGCUUUGGUUGCUCUUGAUUACACGGUGAAUCAAUAAUAAAAAAAAAAGAAAAAUCUUGCCAAUUGAAUUGUGCACUUUUUCCCCCUCUAAUACUGGCAUAAAGUAGUUUUAUGUUCUUAAGUGUAGAUGUGAAGAAAAACUUGCUUUUUUCUCUCUAAAUUUUAGCUCUCUUCCUUCUUGAUAUGCACCAUGAUUUACUAGGAUGAAUGAUGUUUAGAUGCUGGAGUGUAGUGAAUGACUGGACAGUGCACUGAUGUCUGUUGCGUGUAAAUUCAUAUACUUCACAUUUUAAAUAAAGGGCUGCUUUUCUUUCUUUUUUGGGCAGUGAGGGUACUUUUAAGGGGUAUAAAUUAUAUAUGCCAUAGUGAAUCACCUGGACAUUCUUCCUGCUAAAUGGCUUUAGGGCUGAGGAUGUAAUAACUUUGCAAGACAAAUGCUUUUACUAUCAUGAUAUUUGGGGGCCUAUUUAAAGAAGUCAUAUUUACUGUUUAUAUCUUUUUUACAUGGCAGGUCAGUGCUGGAUGAAUUUACUUAUCCAACUAUGCUUUGCCUGGCAUGGAUAGAGUUAAGCAUAUCAGUGGUUUUUUUUAGUAGUAUAUAGCAAGCUUCCUAGUGUUGAUGUAAAUAAUUGACAACUGUUUAGUAUCACCCUUAGUGCAUAUUGAAUUUUUUCAUAUAUCCUUAUAAUAAUUUCAGUUUUUAAGACAUUGGUUUGCUUUUUCAAAGUCUUCAGAUACAAAAAUGGUGCUAACUAUAGGAGCUAUAACAAGGCUAUAAUGACGUUCUUUUGGAUGUUCAGUAUGAGAUAUGCAUGACAUGUUUUGAUAGUGUUUUUUCAUUUUUACUGGCUUGAUUUAUUUGUGCUUAUUAAAAAUGUUAGUGAGUAUACUAAUGUUAACAUCCAAAAAUUACCUAAAUGCCUAUGUUAUGUUUAUCAUGGUUCCUGAACAGUGAUUUAAAAAAUACAUUUUUGAUCUUCUUUCUUCUUGUGCUAGAUAUAACAUGUCCUCCUUAAAAACAGAAAUAUAUGCAUUAAAUAUAAAGUACUAGGCAGUUAUGCAUUACUCUGUACAUUUCUUAGGUAACUGAAUAUUUUAAAGUUAUGGAGGAAAACUGGAACUCAAUGUUUACUUGAGUAGUGGUUCUAAAUUUGGUUCUACUUUGACUAAAGAAAUAAUCUUUUAAAGCAAAAUAGUUUGCUAUUGCCAAGUGACAGCUUAUUUAAAAGAAGUGGUUGACUCAUUUUGUUUUAGCAUGUUUUAGUAAAUGUCUGUUAGACUUGAACACAUUACCUUGCAUUUUAUUAGGAUGUUGGUACUUCUGUUUUUGUUACUGUAGUCAUUUUAUUUUCCAUGAUUUUUUUUAACUUGCCCACCAUUUCUUUAUAUGGUCUCUGCAAAACCAGUGUAUAUUUGUAAGAAAAAUUAUACUGCAUUCUUAAGUGCCACAUUGUUCUAAACUAUUGUUAAGAAGCCAUUUGUAAUUAUAAAAUGUAAGUUAAUUUGUUAGCAUACAUGUUAUUUCUUGAAAACUGUAGCCAGACAAUUUGCUGUUUUCCUAGUUCUUCCAUAAACUGCCAGUUGUAGAUUUAAAUAUAUACUACCAAACUAUGUGAAAUUCAUCCUUAAACAUAGGUAGUAUCAUGCUUUAUGAAUAUUUGCACAGAUUAUAAAACCUUGCAAGUAAUUUUUAGUCUCUUCUGAUUAAGAACUCAACAGGAGCUACUAAUAAACUUGACAGGCUUAGUAUUUUCUAUGUUGCUUGUUUAAAUAACAAUGAUAUAUAGCAAUAACUUUUUAAUUGAUUUGAAUAACUCUAUUGAAUAGAAACAAGGUGCACUAUUGUGAUUGGCCUAGACUUUAUUUAAAGAAAAGCAAUUUAAAAUAGAUUUCAUCACAUACUUAAUUUAAAUUUCCCAACUCAGUUUUCUAUUUAUAUCAAUAAAGUUGUUAAAUACAUCAUGUUAUUCUAUAUUUAAUCCUUUCCCCCCAGAAGGGAAUUUGGAAGACUGGAAAAUUAUUUUAACUGUAAACAGCUAUACUAUAUAUUUUAUUUUAAUAAUGUUUUACUCAAUGUAUCGUUGCCACUAUCAAAUUAGUAUAAAAUAUAUAAAUCAUUUGGAAAAUUAGAUCAAAAGCAUCUGUUGAUCACUAUUUUGGAAAAAUUUAAAUUUCAUGUUAAGAAGAGUAAAUGUGAAAUAUUUGGGGCAAUAGUAGAAGCCAUAUACCAGAGAAAAAAAUUAUGAAACCUGUAAAAGGAAGAGAAAAAAAGAAACAAAUUUAGAAAUAUUUAUUUUAGGUUUGCUAAACCUGAUAUAUAGUUCAUAACAACUAUAGGUAUUAAUGUGAACUGACAACUAAUAACUUUACAGUAGAACCUUCGUGUACAGAUUCGUGAGAAGUUUCAUUAUGAAUACUCUGCUGACAGAUUGUGACUAUAAAGCCACGUUUCUUAUGUUAAAAAGGAUAAAGAUAUUUGAGUAUAAAUUCCCAGGGUUAAAGAUGUUACAAAUAAUUUUAUAUAAUCAAGAAGGAGACAGCUAUUUAAGAUUGCCCAAAAAUAUUUUUUUAAAAAGUGACAGUGAGAAAUAGAGAUUGUCUAAUUGGUUGGAAGAUAAUUGCCUUUUAUAAUUAUUUUAUGAGGACAUAAUCAGGAAUGUUUGGCUUUUUAAUAUUUGUUGAAUAUAGUAAUAGAACUUAAGUGGUUUUUAGUAUAGGCCAAAGGAUAUUUAUGUAAGUUCCUUAUGUUAUUACUAAUAUUGUUUUAGAUAUUAAUAAAUAUGAAAUUAUAGGAAGUGGUAUCAAGUGAUAGGAAAAUGACAUUCAUUAGGUUUUGAAAAUUAUUUUGAUAACUUGACAAAUGUGGAGGGUCUACUAUAUGUAUUAGAUAUUGUGCUAGAUGCUAUAGAGGCCAGAAAUAUAAGUUAGAUAUAGUCUUUUCACUCAAAGAAUAAAAUAUAGUGAGGGAGAACUAUACCCAAAUAACUAUUAUGGUAAAGUGUGAAUCUAAUUCCUUAUAUCCAACAUCAUAAAAAGUAAUUAAAGACCCAGUUUAUGUAUAAACAUUUGUGUUCUUUCGUGUUCAAUUAGGUUUUAUUGGCAUGAAAGAGAAUUAUUUAAAAACUUCACGUCUAUAGAAUUCAGAAUUUCCCAGAAUUGGAUAAUAUAUUUUCUAGUAGAAAAACAAAAUUAUAGAAGCUUAAAAAAAUAACUAUUACCAAGGCUCUGGCUGACAUUGAAGGAAAUAUAUGUACAUAUAAUGCUCUGUUUUCAGUUUUGGUGUUGGAUUUCUGGUAUUGUCACCUAAGUGCUCAUUUUCAGGAAAAUCAGAUUCCACAAUAAAUACACUGCUCAGAGUUCAAUAAACUUGUGAUAACCUCCAUAACCUCUGUAGUCUGAAAGUUAAGAAAUUAUAAUAUGUCACAUGUCAAGUUAACAUCCAGUUCUACCUUUUAACCUUUUUUUCCUUUGUAAAACAGCACUUUGAAUUAGACAUGAUUUAAUUAGAUACAAUUAUCCUGUGGCUGGAUAUAUAUUGGAUUUUCACUUACAGUAUAGUGAUUCAAUGUUGGUACACAUUUGAAAGAGUGAGGAAUACAAUAAGUUUUAAAUACUAUAGGUUUACAAGUUUUCCUGUUGGUGUGAAUAUGGAGUCAAAUAAAAAUCCAGUUUACAUCUCUGCAGAGAGAAAAGUUGUUAUUCAUAUGUCUUUUAUAUUAUAUUUAACUAGGUAUAAUUUAUUAUUAUUUUUGUCAAGUUACCAUGUGUAAGUCCCAUUUAUUUUAAAACACCAAGCAAAAAGUUCCAAGUUUGCCUUAAAAUACAAGUGAAAUUAAAGAACUGGAUAAUAAUGCCUAUAUUUUUGCCUUAUAUGCUGUAUCAUAAACCAGAGAUGGUUUUGAUUUAAACAGGAUUCCGAAAUUUUGUAGAUGCAGAGUACUAAUAUAUGUACUCUCUUGCAAAGAAUGUGAUCUAGUGUGGAUUAUGUUAAUAUUUAAAUGUUUUUGUACAUGUAUUUUACCUCUGAAUAGGUAUCUUUUUAGCAUCAGGGUUUCAUUUUAUUUUUGUUUACAUAGUGAAGUGGCAUUUAACUUGUUGAAGGUUGUAUUCUUUUGUCUUUUAUUUUUAAAAGUUCUAUGUAUGUACUAUUGUAAUGCUCUGUAAUGACUAUGGUUAACUUUCAUUUAAUGUGAAAUGUUUAGAAUAAAUUUGAAAAACAUG